AUGGCCCAAGCCAUUGUCCAAAGCUCAUGCAGAAAGCUCAGAGCCGCCUUCGCCGUCGGAGACAAGGCCACCAGCUAUUUGCAGGAAAUAAUGGAGACGCUGGAGGCCAUAAACCCGCUGCUGGAGGACGCCGAGAGGCGAUGUCUUCGUUUUAGGCGUGAUGUCCCCAAAGAGAAAUCGGAAGAAAUGGAAACUACGCCGGAAGCCAUACAGCCGCUGCUGGAGGAUACCCCCCAGCAAAUGGAGGAGAAGAAGGUGCGGGACUGGCUGCGGCUGGUCGUGAAGGCCGCCUACAACAUCUUGGACGAGUUGCAAGACACAAUGACACCACCUGCACCCGCGCGAAAGUUCAUGAAGAUGAUGCCGCAUGCCAAAGUCCUCAAGAAGAAGAAUCUCAUGGCCGAUAAGAUGGAGAAGAUAAAAGAAGAAGUCUACAAGCUAUGGGUCGACAUGGAUGAAUUUAAUCUUAUGUCACCUAAUUCCGAUGCAACGAUCGAGCCACCACUUAUUUAUGUAACAGAGGACCCAACGAUUGGAAGGGAUAAACAAAUACAGAUCAUAAUGGAAAGUAUAUCUGUGAAAAAAGGGCACCACAUUACAGUUCAAAUUGGUGGGUGCCAGGAUGGCAGCAAGACAAGAUUAGCACAAAUGGUUUUCAACCAUACCCGACUCAAAGACUACUCUAGGGUAUGGAUCCAAUGCUCCAGAAAUCUUCACUUGCAUCAGAUAGGGAAGUCCAUAAUUUCUCAGGUGUCAGGGGAAGAGAUCAACGGUGGUUCCGAUGACAACAUGGAGUAUGUGAGCAAGCGCCUUCACCAAUUACUUGAUGAUGGUAUUAAGGUACUUGUUGUUUUAGAUGGCAUAUGGCUAUCACGGCAUGAUUGCGAAGAGUUGCAGGGUAUGUUAAGGGAAGGGAGCGAUCGUGGUGAGGUAAUCUUGAUAGCGACGGACACUGGAGAAAUGUAUUUUCGGAGUUGUAGUGAAUCGAGUGAGGACAUGUGCUGGACAAUAAUCAAGCAACGAAGUCACUUUGAAGGUAGAUUGUUUGACAAACAAGAGUUGGAGCUGAUUGGUGUAGAUAUUGCAAAAAAGUGUGAGGGUUCACAGUUGGUAGCUGAAAUGCUUGGUGGCGUGCUUCUCUACAAAGAUGCUACAGGAUGGGCAGAAGUAUUGAACAGUGAUAUAUGGGAAGAUGGCCAAAACGGUGAGCCAUUCCUCAUGUUAGCAUACACUAGUAUGCCGCCGAGCUUACGGCUAUGCUUUACUUACUUUGCGAUGUUCCAAAAUGGUCACACUAUAGCCAAAGAUGAUCUGAUUUAUCAAUGGACUUCUCUCGGUCUUAUUGAGCAAUCCGACAGAUUCUCUGCGAUACACCUUGGUGAGCAGUAUAUUUCAAUGCUUCUGGGCAUGUCCCUUCUUCAAACAACAAUGCCGGUUUCGACUACUGGAAGUGCUGAUAAGAGUACAACCUGGUUCACUGUAAACCAUAUGGUGCAUGACCUUGCAAAACAAGUUAUGCGUGACAUAUAUGAUACAGAGGAGACGUCUUAUCAGCAGGAAUUAUGCUCUAAUAAGGACUGCCGCUAUGUACUGCUUACCGAUUUGAAGUUAUCCAGUAAAUUGUCUGCCCAAAUAAGGGCUCUACGUUGUGUUGGCUCUGGCAAAAUGGACCUCAGCGAUGAUUCAUUUUCAUUUUCCAAGUGCUUGAGUGUCUUGGAUUUAAAUGGCACCUCGAUGCUGAACUUACCAAAUUCUAUCUGUCAGUUGAGGCAUUUGGGAUAUCUUAAUUUAUCAGGCUGCUCUGGACUACUCAAUCUACCGGAUUCACUUGGAGAUCUACUAAAUCUGUUGUAUAUUGAUUUAUCAGGCUGCUGCGGACUAAGAAAUCUACCUGAAUCAUUUGGGAAGCUAAUAAAUUUGGCGCAUAUUGACUUAUCGGGUUGCUCUCAACUAGUAAAUCUAUCGGAAUCAUUUGGGAAGCUCAGAAAUUUGUUGCAUAUUGACUUAUCAAGAUGCUCUGGACUUGUAAAUUUGCCAGAUUCAUUUAGGAAGCUGACUAGUUUGAAGCAUAUCGAUUUAUCAGGCUGCUUUGGAUUAGAAAAACUGCCGCAAUCAUUCGGGAAGCUAAUAAAUUUGGUGCACAUCAACUUAUCACAGUGCUCUGUAAUAGUUAGUCUAUCUCCGUCUUUUGGGAAGCUAAUGUAUUUGCUGCGUAUCAACCUAUCAGACUGCUCUGGAUUGGUAAACUUACCAGAAUCAUUUGGGAAUCUCACAAAUUUGGUGCAUAUCAAUUUUUCAGGCUGCUGUGGGCUAUUAAAUCUGCCUGAGUCAUUCGGAAAUCUAAUAAAUUUGUUGCACAUUGAUUUAUCAUGUUGCCAUGGACUAGGUAAACUGCCGGAAUCAUUUGGCAAGCUGAAAAAUUUGGUACACCUAGAUUUAUCAUUCUGGUCUUGUUUUGAAGCUCUUGGUGGCCUUACCAAUCUCCAGCACUUGAACUUGUCACACCCUUGCUGUUAUCUUGCUCAACAGCAGUCCUGUCUCGAAGGACUAAAAGAUGUUCUGGGCCAGCUCACCAAAAUAGAGUAUUUGAACCUAUCCAUGUUCCUGAAUCCUAUCUUUUACUCAGAGUCAGUAGAGCGAACUCAUGGAAUUAUUGAAUGUAUCAGUGGCUUUUCCAGUCUGGAACAUUUGGAUUUGUCUCAUAAUAGAUUUCUACAUGAUCUACCUGAAAGUUUAGGUGAACUCAACAAUCUGCAAACACUGGACCUCUCAGGCUGCAUUAGACUGAAGAGCAUAGCCAAAAGGAUAGGUGAAAUCAGGUCUCUCCAGUCGAUAAAUGUGAGGAACUGCCGCAGUUUGAAAAGUUGUGAGCUUGUGGUUAAACCUGAUAACGGAGAAGCAUAUAGUAACACAAACAUUGUUGAGCUCGAGAAUGCAAACUUGGAAGAGCUUGAGAUAAGCUGUCUUGAAAACGUGAAAUCUACUGAAGAUGCAAGGCAAAUACGUAUGGCACUGAUAGGAGUUGCUCAGAAGUGGAAACUUUGUUGGACUGCGGGCUCCCAAGGAUCCAUGGACGUCAAUGCUCUGUUAGGAGAAUUAGUGCCACUUCUGCAGGGCCUUGAGCUACAUGGUUACAAUGGCGAGACCUGCCUUUCAACCUGGUUGACAUCAACCAUAACUUAUUAUUUUGAUACUCUUGUAGAGGUUACUAUUGAGGCCAUCUCGAGGUGCAGCCGCCCACCACCACUGUUUUUGUUACUAAGCCUGCGGCGGGCAGUUUUUAGAAGGAUGGCUAGCAUCACAAGAUUCGAUGUCAAUGACCUAACUGAUGGAAACCGAGAAGCGCUCCAUCGACUCCCCAGGUUCACACUAGAGUUGGAUGAUAUGGAAAGCCUGGAAGAGUUCAAGACAACAUACGACAGAAAUGGAAAGGAGUGUAUGCUCCCGGCCAUUGGUGAACUGGUGAUUACGAAAUGUAACAAGGUGUGCUUCGUACCUUUCACGCCUAGAGCUCGGAAAUUGGUGAUCUCGGAGUGCAGCAAACUAAUGGUUCAUUCCAGAGGAGGGCACCCUCGUACCUCUGUUUCAGUAAAUGAACUAGUGGUGAAGAACUGCAAGAAAACUCUAUAUAACUGGCAUUUGCUUCACAGCCUCCCAGGCCUCCGUAGUUUAACUGUCAAAGAUUGCGACAAUCUGUGGACUAUACCAGAUACUAUUGAGGCCCUAUCCUCCCUCCAAUCUCUAUGCUUGUCCAAUUGCCGGGUGGACAAAGUACAACACUUGUCUGACCUCACCUGUCUCCGGGAAGUGAAGAUUGUGUCCUGCGAAGGGAUCGAUGAGUUCAUGCAGAGUUUGCAAAGACUCACCUCCCUUGGGUCGAUGCAUCUUAGUGACUGCGACAGUAUCACAUCACUGCCGGAAUUGUUAGGAGAUCUCACCAAUCUUGAGAAGCUUGCCAUCCACAGAUGCCCUGCCAUGGACUCUUUGCCGGGCAGCAUAAAUAAACUAACCAACCUGAAGGAUCUGCGUAUUUUGGAUUGUCCAAAAUUGAAGAGCUGGUGUGAAAGGAGGGAGAACAAGAAAAAAAUGGCUCACAUCCGACCAGACUAUGAAGAACAUGCUACUAGCAGGCCAGGCAGCAAGGACGAGGGAGAUGUGGAGGGUGAAUUGGAGGACUGGUCGGACGGCAUGGAGGAGGAGGAUGAGCCAGAGGCAGUAUCGACGGAUGCAGUGGAGAAUUCAGUGAUGACAGACGACACAAAUGUUGUAGAGGAGGUGACGAGGGAUGUGGACGCAGCAGUGGCAGCUGAUGUAUGCUUGGAGCUGCGAAUGGGACUGCCCAUAAAUGAAGAAGCCAUCCGAAUCGAAGAAGAACAAGAUGAAAUUUCUCUACGACUGUAUUUAUAA